GAGCUCCAGUAGAUGGCAGUAGCGCUGCAUCACGGAUGCGAGCUGCUUUUAAAAUCCGAAGAAGAAGAACUAGCAGAACGAAGAGACUUUUCCUCAGAGUUGAUGUUUGAGUCUAGUCUGCGAUGAGCGAUCGAUUUGUAAAACCAGGUAAUCAGGAGCACGGGUGGAACGACCCGCCGCAGUUUUCAUACGGCUCGCAGAAGGAUUCAGGGGGACCGAAGCGAAAUAUUCUCAAUAAGAGGGUGCACGCGCCCCAGUUCACAGGUUCUGGAUCAGAGGUGCCAUCCCCAGCAGUGGCGAUGCCAACGCCGCCCCGGGGAAUGAACCCUCCUCCAAUGGACAGCAGCACCCCGCCCUCCGUAUGUCCCAAAACUCCCUCCGAUGGGAAGAUUGAGGCAGAGCUGGAGACAGAGCUGUCCAUUGAGGAUGUGCAAGAACCACUUUAUGGAGCGCUGAACGCAUGCAGACAUACUGUAAAGAAACAGAUUUGUGAUGAUGUGGAAAGACGUCUGAAGCUUUUUGAGGACAUGUGGAAAGGUGGAAAACUUUCUCCUUUGGUUAAACGUAGGAUGCAUAGAUUGUCCCAAGACCUGAAAAGAAAAAAUUGGGAUGCAGCGGAUGAGAUCCACAGAGGCCUGAUGGUGGACCAUGUUGCUGAAGUCAGUCAGUGGAUGGUUGGAGUCAAGCGUCUCAUCGCUGAAGCUCGGAGCCUGAACCCAGAACAAAACACCUGCACUGAUCCAGGCUCAUGAGGAUCUACGAUGUCCAUUCCUUUGAAAACCCACGCUGCAUUAUAGAAGUUGCCAAAGUGAUUUGAGUUUACUUGUGUAGAGUUUUGUAUUAUCCUUCUUUAAAAAUGUUCUCAUUCCCAUCUACAUCAUCUAAUAUUACUUUUUUUGUAGAUCAGUGCUGGGAAAAAAUCUUCCUUAAUUCAUCAAAAAUGUAAAAAAAAUGUAGGUAUGAGGUGUUACUACUGUAUAUAAAAUUCUGCUUUUAAAAGGGGUGAUUAUGAAUUAUUUUAGCCAGUUGCACAGAUUAUAAAUAUAUAUAAUCUGGUAUUAUAUAUCUAAUUGGCUGUCCUGGCAUGUUAUCUUGAAAAAGCUUUCCAUUGUGAUGUGCAAUAAAAUAGGCAAAAAAAAAUCUAA